GUACUACCAAACUGUUCAGUUGGUGUUUCAGGAUGAUACAGACUUUGAAAGGUAUAAGACACUUAAUGACAUCGUCUACAAUGAAACAUGCAGUUUCAGAGUUCAACAUGCCGGUGCCAUGGGGAGAAAUCAGAGGCAAAGUCUGGGGUCCUGACCAUGGCUGUCCUGUACUUUGCCUGCACGGGUGGGCUGACAACUGUGGAACAUUCAACACACUUGUACCCUAACUGCCACAAGGCAGGCUUCCGGUAUGUAGCCGUAGACAUGGCUGGCCACGGCCUCUCCUCCCAUCGUCCUCCUGGGGUCUUUUAUUCCACCCCCUCGUACGUGGCGGACGUUCGGCGAGUUGUUGACGCUCUCCAGUGGAAGAAGUUCUCCAUCAUAGGGCACAGCAUGGGAGGCAAUAUAGCAGGAAUGUUCAGUGCCUUGUAUCCAGAGAUGGUGGAGUCGGUAGUGCUGCUAGACUCUUAUGGAUUCUUACCCACAGAUCCGGAAGAAAUUGCGCGGGUGAUGAGACAGGGCUUUGAUGAAAUGCUCCAGUUUGAUAAAAAGAGAGAGGAGAUGAAGGAGAGGUUGUACACCCAUGAGAAAGCCGUGCAGAGACUCAUGGCUGCAAACCCCAAUCUGUCCGAGCAGUCUGCUUGCAUUCUUUUAGAACGAGGCCUCGCUGAGGUGGAAGGGGGAGUGGUUUUUACCCGUGACGUUCGGAUCAAUAUGAAAAACAUCGAACGAGUCAGUAUGGAACAGUGUCUAGAGUUGAAGUCACUGAUACAAGCUAAAGUACUAGUUGUACUAGCUGACGAGGGCUUUGAGAAGUUCUUUUCGGAACCCGAUCAGAAGAAAUUUACCUCUGCUCUUAUUCAAGGCUACAAGGAUCACAAAGGCAUCGUGAUGACAGUCCCCGGAGAUCACCAUGUCCACCUGAACAGUCCUGAGAGAGUGGCCACAUUCGUCGCUGAUUUCCUCCAGUCCAACUCUACCUCAUACGUCUCUGGAGAGGAAGUCGCCAAGUUAUAACAGACACAAACACUUUACCAGCACACUCUCUUACACAGUGAGAUGUUCUUUAACUGUCAUUCUAAUCGGGUCACAAAACCUAAAAUACUCACACAGUACUUUUCUACUGUAUAAUUGUACUACUGCAUUAAUGUGUGCCUUCGUAAAGUGAGUAACUACACAGGGCUACUGAAAGUCACUUAUGUGCUUCCAAUCUACUCAUGAACAAA